AUGUCCCUUCAAAGGCGUUUUGUCAGGACUGGUUUCUUCCGCAGCGAUUUUGAUUUCACUGACCCGGAUAAGGUUUUGUUUGCGGAACCGGCGGACGAGUGGCGUCACUCAGAUGGGGCGGGGGCUCUCACUGAAGCCGUACUAGAAAGGUGUAAUGUUGGCAUGGGUCUGUGCAUUCUUAAUAGAGAGCAUCUCGAUAGUGAAACCGUCUUUGGGCUGUAUAGACGCUUGCGAGACUUGGAAGUAAAUUCUCUGAAAAAAUUUUGCUGUCUCACAAGUAGAAGGCGAAGCACUUUCUCUUCUGGUCUCUCGCAUUCCCAUAUUUUGGCCUUUGCCGAGACCACGCAGACUUCCCGCAAAGGCGUGCUCCCUGCCUGUGCCUUAUGGCUCCUCCAGAACGCCUUCGAGUUGCAUGCAGUAGUGCAAUCGUACAGCAAGCCUCUUGUGUGUCUUCUGAAUGGACGGUCAGAGGGGGAUGGAGCGGCAAUUUGCUUGUUGGCUAACCGCAGCGCAGCGUACAAGCACUCAUCUUUUGUAUGCGACACAACGUCGAUGGGCUUCAUUCCCACCUUGGGCCUGAGCUUUGCUCUCGGCCGCCUUCGCGGCUCCUUGGGGGCAUUUUUGGCUCUUACAGGUCAUGAGCUCCGAGCACAAGAUCUGGUAUGGUCAGGAUUGUGCAGAUACUGGGUUUCUCCAGAAGCGUUGCAUUUCUUGGAGGUAACUGCAGAAAAGCAGCUAGAAAUAUCGGAGCAAGACGGGAAAGCUCUUCUUGAAGAACACUUUCUAGAUCCACCUGGCGACUACUCUCUUGACCUGUGGGAAGAAAUAAUCGACGACCAUUUUCACCAUUCGACGCUUGAAGAUGUUCUACAUGCCCUCGAUUCAACUGCCAGCGGCAUUAGCUCUCGACAAAAUCUGCCAUCGUCCCUCACACCCCAACGUGUUGCGACCUGGGCAAAGGCUGUGGCUUCCCGUAUUCGACAGCGAUCCCCUUUGGCACAGAAGCUUACUUUGGAGCUGUUGCGGAGACAGAAACUGCUUCAACAGGAGAUACUUGAAGAUGCAAACAUAACGCCUCAUGAAUGGCGCAGCAUUAAAUCCAUGGAUGCAGUGCUCUCCAGCAACGUGCAAGAUGACAGCAUGAAGCAAAUUCUUGAAGCUGUAGAUGAGCGGCUUCUCAUGCAAGCGCUCGAAAACGAGUUUCGAGUCGCCAUUCGCCUUAUUUGCUCAAGCAGGGACUUGAUCGAGGGCCUUCGUUCGCGGCUUCUUGAACACGUGCCAGAUCUAUAUUCGCCUCCCAGAUGGACUGACGAUGCAGACGUCCCUCUUGAGCCAUUCUUUGAUCCUCUGCCUGCGCCUUCUGGCCCAUCUGGCACUGACGGUCUUUUGCCGUGUGAGAAGAUAUCUAUUUGCGCAGAUCCAUACGGACUGUUCACAACUUCAGACUUUGUCGCUGAUGAACGCACGAUCUUCCCUUUCUCUGCACAUCCUCUUGUAGGCCGCAUGACGCCAGGCGGUGCUGGAGCUGGGCUAAGCGAAAGGCAACAGGCACGACUCAGUACCCGUUGGAGCUGGGAUAUUUUCAGGCAUGUAGCAAAGCAGGAAGGCUUUAAACUGAAAUGA